AACAACCACCCGAGCCACUGCCUGUUCAUCCCGCUACCAUCCAGAAGGCGAGGUUUCUUUCUUCUGGCACCUGGGCAGCAUCUGUCCUGUCUGACGUGAAACUGCUAAUCUGAGGGGAGGCCAAGACUUAAAGCAUCAUCAUGAAUUUUGUAAUGAAGGCAGCUAUGGGAGGAGGGCCACCUGAUGUGGGCAAGAUGAUGGGAGGAGACAAAGAGGAGCCCGACCCCGAUGCAGAGAAGAAAGAGGAAGAAAGACAAGAGGCUCUGAGGCAGCAGGAGGAGGAGAGGAAAGACAAAUAUGCAAAGAUGGAGGUGGAAAGGGAGUCAAUGCGACAAGGCAUCAGAGACAAGUACGGAAUUAAGAAGAGGGAGGAGGCUGAGGCCGAGGCCCAGGCUGCUAUGGAGCAGUCUGCAGAGGGCAGUCUGACCCGUCCCAAAUCGUCCGUGCCCAAAGGCUGCGGAGACGAUGAUGACGAAGAGGAAAGCAUCAUGGACACGGUCAUGAAAUACCUCCCUGGUCCUCUCCAAGACAUGCUGAAGAAGUAGCCGAGCAACAACGUUGUUGGAGUUAAAUUAGGUUGUUACGGUAACUUCUAGGUGAGAGUUUUAGAUUACUUUUCUGCCCCCCUGCAGCGAAGAGUUAGCACCGGAAAUAAAAAAUAAAUAAAAACAUUCCUCGCUUCACCUGUUUUAGGUUGGUUGGAAAAAAUGAUACAUGAAAAAUAAUCAUACCGUGCGUCUGUCUAAAAACAAAAACAUCAGAGAAUAACACUAUAAGCCAUAUUUUAUCUUUAUAGGACGUUUGAAGAAUCAUAUCAUGAUGUUAGUGUAAUGUUUGGUUUUGUCUAUGAGGUUUAUGUGAAAAUGUUUGCACACACGUAAGUACGUAUAUAUGUCCACAUACUGUGUCGUCAUGUCUAGCCCGGUGUAGCCAUACGGUCAUGGCGUAGGUCUAAACUCAAUUUUAUAUUCAAAUUCUGUGUACCUUAUGUCUUUGCAUGCCAUUUGUCAAGUCAAGUUGUGAAUAUGUACAAUAUCCUUUUUCCUCUCUUAGUCACGCAAAAAUAUAUGGCAAUAACUCUGAUUUUGAAUGUGGUUAAAUUAUCAUAAGGUAUGAUGUAAUAAUGGUUAUAAAAUGCAUUCAGGAAUUUCAUUUACAGUUUUUGGACGUGGAGGAUGACCAUGGGGUAGCAGUACCACUUAAAACGUUAUGCUUCGACAUUAAACCGGAAUUAAACAACAGCGCUAUCAGGAUUUGCUAUAACAUUUUUUUUUUUAUCAUGAUUUCUAAAGCUAUUACAAAAUCUGUGUUGACUGGAGGGCUAGCUUUUCCAUCACCUGAAUAAAAAGGGAAAUCUGUUGUUUUCCCACUGGACUGCCAGAAGGUUGGUCAAAGUCGGGAAUUUGCGAAGAACUGUUAAAGAAUGAGGGUAAUAAUGCUUUAUAAUUCUGUUGUAAUUGGUUGUGGGUUGGUUGUAAGAAUGUUAUGUUGGUAAUCAGAAUGGAAUGCUAUCAGCAAUAAAGGACCAUCAUGUAUGUUCUGCUUGAGAAUGAAUAAAACUGGUUCACAGAC